AUGAGUGCAAGAACCUUGACCAAUGUGGUGAACGAUCAAACGGUUGCGCUCAAUGCUUUGAUAUACGGCUAUGCGGGGCACUCUCUCGUCACCCCACACGCCGCCCUCCAGCAGAUAUGGUGGACAGAAGAGAGAAUUAAUGAAAAGGUCACAAAGGACUUUGUCACGUUACGAUUGCAGCCUCAGGACAGGGAACGCCUCGCACAACCGGUUGGCUUUGGUGACUUGAGCGAUGAUACCUACAUCGAGUGGAUCUUGGACAAGGCAAGACGUCUCUUUCUCAUCUUGGCCGAGAUCGGAGAAGCAGACAGGAUAUUCACAGUGGUCGACAAGUCCUGGGACGACGAUGAUUUGCCAUUGGAAAUGGAUGAUAUCGAGCAGCUUUCCCUCUCCAAUCGACGCGACAAUCACGCCAACGUCCGAUUCUAUCACACGCAAUUCACAUUUUUGCUGCGCGAGCUGAAAGAUGGCGUACAUAUCGACUAUGCGCCGAAUGAGGAAGUGCCCUUGGAGCAUGUCAUGCAACUCCCUGUCGCCGUCAGCCUGCAAAAUUGGUCACGUGUUCACUUGCCCAAACGACCCAGAGACAUCUAUGUUCGUCGAAGGUUCCCACUAGGUACCCCUGAGAAACCAGGCUGUUUCGAGCAAGAAUUCAUACUCGAUGUGGAAAGUGCCAGAAUGGUAGAACACGAACAUUUUGCGCCGGUGUGGGCAUCGUAUACCCACAAAGAAGCUGGCUAUAUUGUCACAAAUUUUGUAGGACAGCACACUCUGAGGACCUUCAUCGAUCACCGCAAUCCAGCACAGUAUCAGAAGCUACCCAAAUGCGAUCGCCGGUGGCUCGUGCUAAAUUGGCUACACUGUCUGGCGGACGCCAUGGCCACUCUCCAUCAGAACGGCUUCUGCCAUUCGGCACUCCGGCCCACGAAUAUACUGAUUGACGAUCAGAACGCCAUCGCCUUCAGCGAUAUCGGCAGCUUGGAAACGUUUCAAAAGGAUAAGAGGGUUGAUCCAAUGGACGUGUAUAUAUAUGGUGCACCAGAAGCCCACGCCUCCCCUUCGCAAAAUUUUGAUCCGAACGCUGCGGCUCCUGCUCCUAUUGUUCCAAGCACACGGCAUGCAUCCGUCAUCAGCAAGAGCUCCUCUGGAUCCUCUAAUAGCAGUGGCUCGCAGCGACAGAAGUUGACGAAAGUGCCUACUACAGAGUUUGCAGGAUUCAACUUUGGAUUCAAGAGGACAAAGCCAGUUCCGAAGCCACGUUCACGCGUACACGAGACGGAAAAGGCCGACAUCUUCUCGUUGGGUUGUGUUUAUCUCGAGAUCAUAUCUUUUAUGCUUAAAAAGAAACCCCAUGAAUUUGUAAAGCAUAGAACUUCGAAGCAAAAGAUCACCAUUGGUGGCAAAAGCUCGCGAACCGACAGUUCGUUCCAUGCCAAUCUCGACAAGCUUGAUACAUGGAUGAGCAUACUGGAAAAGGCAUCAUGCGAACAUGACGAGGAUGCCUUUCGUGCCGUGCCACACAUACUGAACCUCGUUCGAAGCAUGCUCAGUAGAGCUCCUGUUGUUCGACCGUCAGCACGCGAGGUGCGAGACAAGCUACUUGGGAUUCUGUGUACCAUUACCACUAUACCCGACAUUCAUUGUGGUGCACACAAGCAUGACAUUGGAAUCGCACAAUCCUCCACCUCUGGCUCUGAUAGAGCAUCUAGCAUAGCAUCGCUCCGAACUAUGUCGACGAUGAGUUCAGGCAGUGACACGGACACGAUCCGCUCGUCCACAACCUCCUUCAUACGAGCCAAUUCGACGUUCAAUCCGUACUCUUCGGAUCGUACAACGCUAUCGGGAAUCGACGAGGACGACAGCGCUUCGGUGCGAACGGUCGAACGGGUGACACCGCCCUUCAUCAACACGUCGUACGAUACUCCGAGGAAAGCAGCCAUUCCCCCAGCGUCGCCCAUCUCACCUGGGUCGAGCGGUCCCCUGGGAUCACCAACGUCGCCAAAGUCGCCAAAGUCGCCGACGUUUGCGGGGGUGCGGCCGACCAGCCCAUCAAGGCCAACCUCAGCUGCUCUUUCACUAAUGAUCGAUCUCACUUUGGCUAAGCUUGAUGCGAGAUCCCAUCCGAUUGCUGUUGGGCACUGCGCCACUCACGAUGGCAAGGCAUCGUUAUUCGUAUUGCGAAAGCGUGUCGUCGUUGGCCCCACAUCCGGGCUGCAUGCAGCGACCAUGAUGCACAAGAAUGACGGCACGGCCGAGAAACUGCUGGUUGGUGGAGGUCACAAGGCAGAGGAGACGUUGGACCAGCGCACGAGGGCACGGAGAAGUUUUAUACCAGGAUUGACUUGGAUAGGCACAGGUAUAGGAACAACGAUAUGGAUGCUAGGCGAGGGAUCUAGUUUAUCGGUCAUGGAUUGCGACCAGCAGAUGGCUUCUCUCCAAUUAAAGCUAUGGAUGAGCUGUUUACCGGUUCAAGAAGGUGCUUCGGAGUCGCGUUGCACAGCUCCUUCCUAUUUUGCGCGAAGUAACCAUCGCUCCUUCCUUCCUCCCUCCCUCCAGGCCCUGGACUCCCUUCGCAUGCGCCAAGCGAUGCGGGGUAGACGCCCACCAUCAUCCCUGGCCUCAACAUCAUUGCGAAAAUGCCCCUCCCUGCUCCAUCCUAUCCACAGCUUUUCGCCCGCCCUUAGCAAGCCUCGCCCGCCCGAUCUCUCUGCAGCCUCGCUUUGGCAGACAGACCAAAGUCACCUCACCGCUGGUUCCCACAGCCAUGCCAUGUUCUGCAAGAUGGCCUCGACUAGUUACCUAGGUAUUGCGCUACAUGGUGGCUCCUAUCUACCUACUCCAAUACCCAUGUGGGCCAUGUCCGAGCCACGACACAUGCACAUAUCCCUGCCUGGACUCCAGGGUUGGCCGCAGACCGUAGCUUCCUCCGUUUACAUGGGAGUACCUGGCGUCUCCAUCUUCCUCGUAGCCAUUAUCUCUGCAGACGUUGCUACACUGGCAGUGACGAGUCAAGGCACAAUUUUUCAGCGCCAAAGCUCGAACGAGACAGACUACCAGCUUGGACCUACUCCCUUGAAAACAAACUGGACAGACCAAGUCGGGACAAAUCCAUGGCCUGAAUAUCCCCGCCCGCGACUAGUACGCUCAGCCUGGAAGAAUCUCAAUGGCGUGUGGAGAUAUAGGGACGGUGCGGGUGGCUCCAAUGCGUCCCCACCAUUCGGCCAGAGGCUCGAGAAACCAGUCCUCGUGCCGUUCUGCCUCGAAAGUGCACUUUCAGGUAAGCUUCACUGCAAGCAUGACAUGCGCCAUGGCUUACAGGGAACAGGCGUCACGGGACCCGGAAAGAUUUCAAGCUGGUACCAGACUUCCUUUGAAGUACCCUCAUCUUGGUCUGGAAAUAACCGAGUAUUGUUGAACUUUGGGGCUGUCGACUACAAUUCCACAAUCUACGUCAAUGGCAAAGAAGCUGGCAGUCACACAGGCGGAUACUUCGAGUUCACCAUCGACGUUACCUCAUACCUCAACGUCAAUGGUUCCAACGAACUGAUGGUUUAUGUAUUCGAUCCAACUGAUUCUGACAGAUACCAAAUCCCCAUUGGGAAACAAACCAUAAGCCGUGGUGGAAUGAUCUGGUACACUCCCUGUAGCGGCAUCUGGCAGACUGUAUGGAUGGAGUCAGUACCUGCAGAGUACAUCACUAAACUGGAUCUCACAGCAGAUAUGGAUGGGACAGUCAACGUAACGGUCCACAGUAAUGCCCAGUCUCCGAAACCCUACGAGAUCGUGAUACACGAUCUUGGCUCGGAUACUGCCAAAGCGACAGCCACUGGUACGAGUGACGCCCCUUUUACAUUCACUGUGAACAAUCCGAGGCUCUGGAAUCCGGACAACCCAAACUUGUAUAAUAUUACAAUCAAUCUUGGGAACGACGUGAUCCAGAGCUACACUGGAUUCAGAACCGUGUCCAAAGGCGUUGUGGGUGGUGUAGAACGACCUCUGCUUAACGGAGAGUUCAUAUUCCCAUUUGGAACGCUCGAUCAAGGAUACUGGCCAGACGGCAUUUACACCCCGCCAAGUGUGGAGGCCAUGGUGUACGACCUGAAGGUGCUGAAGAGUGUGGGGUACAAUAUGGUGCGCAAGCACAUCAAGGUUGAGCCUGCAUUGUACUACCGAGCUUGCGAUGAGAUGGGUAUACUGGUCAUGCAAGACAUGCCUUCUUUGCGACCAGACGUACCCGAUGGUACAGCUUGCGGUAGUCAGCGACUGUAUCCAGAGGCGCAAGCCGAGUUCAACAGGCAACUAGCUCUGAUGGUGGAACAGCUCAAGGGCUACACUAGUAUCUUCGCAUGGACAAUAUACAACGAGGAGUGGGGUCAGGCUACGAGCCCGCCAUGGCCCGAGUUCCCACUGACAGACAUGGUUCGCAGUCUCGACCCUACAAGGCUCAUCAAUUCUGUCAGUGGCUGGACGGAUCAUGGGGCUGGUGACUUUGAUGACAACCACCACUACUCUACACCACAGUGUGGAACGCCCUUCUGGUCAAACCAAGGGAGCGGGUACAAUACCGCGUAUGAUCCCUCACGAAUUGGUUUCCAAGGCGAAUUUGGCGGUAUUGGCACACAGUUUGAUGGUGUACACACCUGGUACACCGAUCUAGGCCGACAGACCGCCUAUGAACUAGCCAACUCAACCGCUGCCUGGAACUACCGGGCCCAUGAUCUUCUGACCCAGCUACGCGAGCAGAUCGACCUGUUUGCCUGCUCUGGCGGUGUUUGGACGCAGACGACCGAUGUCGAAGGCGAGGUCAAUGGAAUGAUGACGUAUGAUCGCAACUUCAUCCGCAUGAAUACGACAAUGUGGCAAGCAGACAUCAAAGCCUUGUACGAAGCUGCUGCGCACCGAGCGAAUAAUGCAAGCAUGUCGGUUGAGAGUGCCGGCAUGGUAUAG